AUGGCAACUCUCUCCCCAGUGCCGCCUGGCUUGACACCCCCGCUGACAGCGGAUACGGAAAUAAACCAUAAUGGAGUGAUUACAGUCAUCGCGUCCUUUUCACUAUUUCUGGUCCUUGGAUCUCUAGGAAUUCGUGUUUAUUCUGCAUACAGUAGAAGAGUCCGUCAGUUGGAUGAUUUGACUUUCGCAGCGACUGUGAUUCUUGCCUUGGCACAGGUAUCUGUGGUUUUUGUGGAGAUAUAUUUCGGCUGGGGAAAGUCAAAGUCGCUCAUCGCUGAUCAAGAUUGGAACUCGAUCGAGAAGGUUGGAUACAGUGCAGAUAUCCUCUACAUUGCAAUAUUAUCCUCAUCAAAAGCGUCAACGGCGCUUUUUUACCGGACGAUUACUCUACGUAGCUCGCUAUGGAUGAGCUAUGCUCUUCUCUCGGUUACUCUACUCUGUGCCCCUGUUACUAUAGUUUUGCUGGCAGUCCGCUGUGAUCGACAUCCAUGGCAUGAUAUCAAUAACCAAUGUUCCGCCUUGUUCCCUCACUGGCAAGCCGUCACAGCUUUGGAUAUCAUUUUUGAAAUUGUGCUGUUGCUAUAUCCCAUCCGGGCAAUCGUGCGACUGCAUACGACGAUCAACAACAAAGUCGUUGUAAUUCUGGUGCUCAGUUGUCGAGUAUUCCUUAUCCCUAUCAGCGCCAUCCACCUCCAUUACAUUCGUCAUCAAGUCAAUUCAUCAGAUCCCACACUCGAAGGAACCUUCGCGACCGUUGUUGCAGAGCUCCACGCGGCACUUAGCGUUCUUGUACUCACAGCGCCGUUAAUGAAACCAUUUAUCGCAGCCUACGUCGACGAGAAUGGACUAGCCUAUACCGACGACGCGUCUAAGUCACGAACCAACCAGAAGCUCACACCUAACUCCAACCGAUCGAACUCAACAUAUCCUUCGUCGCGGGUGAGUAAUUCUCCAGCGAAAAAUCGCAUCAUGAAGAGGAUUGACAUAUCGGUGGAUCGCGAAGAUGUGGAGCUUUUGGAGAGACGAUGA